GCUGCCACGAGCAAGUCUGUGGCCGCUCGGGCAUUGGCGCAGAUCUCACGUUUGCUUCACGCCGGUUCGCGCGGCGAGAGGAACGCGGCUCUCCGCAAGUCGACGGUCCAGAAGUGUGGUGUACACGCGUGCGCCUGUGACGUGCGUCGCUCUCGGAACACGCAUAUUCCCGAGCAUCGCGGAAGACUCCUCCGGACUGGAACUGUGCGCGAGUGUUUUUAGCGAGAACGAGAAGGGAAUUGCGAGGGAUAGAGGGAGAAAGAAAGUGCGUGGUUUCUUGUCUACCUGGUGGGAUUUCUCCGGUGCUCUCACGGUGCGUGGUCCACCGGCGUCGAUUGAGAAAAAUCGUUCCGGCUCUCGGAUAACUCGCACGUGCGCACACAAGGGAGCAAGGGGCGCAGUAUGUGCCCGGCGCCGGACCCAGCGUCGCACCCCAAGAAAGGACCCGUAGUUUCGAAUACGCCUCGGCAUAUCCGCCAUCUAGAGUCGACAGAUACAGGGGCGGUGCGCAAAUACAGAAGAGAAUGACUCAGAGGGAGGACGUUCUCAAGUUCGAGCAGGGCCGUAUCAAGGCCCUGCAGGAAGAACGUCUUCAUAUUCAGAAGAAGACGUUCACAAAAUGGAUCAACUCGUUUUUGUUAAAAGCGCGCAUGGAGGUGGACGAUCUGUUCACCGAUCUAGCAGAUGGCAAGAAAUUACUCAAACUAUUAGAGAUCAUCUCCGGGGAACGAUUGGCCAAACCCAAUAAUGGACGCAUGCGAGUUCACAAAAUCGAAAACGUGAACAAAUCCCUGGCGUUCCUUCAUACCAAGGUUCGUUUGGAGAGUAUCGGUGCAGAGGAUAUUGUGGAUGGUAAUCCUAGAUUGAUUCUCGGUCUCAUCUGGACCAUUAUUCUGAGAUUUCAAAUACAAGAGAUCGAGAUCGAUGUGGAUGAAGAAAACGACAGUAGCGAAAAGAAGUCUGCCAAAGAUGCUCUGUUACUCUGGUGUCAGAGAAAGACAAAUGGCUAUCCCGGCGUCAACAUUCAGGACUUUACUGGCUCCUGGAGAAGCGGUCUUGGCUUCAAUGCUCUCAUACAUGCUCAUCGACCAGAUUUGGUCAAUUGGUCGGAAUUGCAGCAAAAUAAGAACAUCGAUAAUCUCAAUUAUGCUUUCGACGUUGCCAAUUCAGAACUCGGCAUACCACGGCUCUUGGAUGCGGAAGAUGUGGACACGGCCAGACCCGACGAGAAGUCCAUUAUCACUUAUGUUGCAUCUUAUUACCACACGUUCGCCAGAAUGAAGAACGAGAUAAAGAGCGGCAAGAGAAUAGCGAACAUCGUUGGCCAAAUGAUGGACGCAGACAAGAUGAAGAUUCACUACGAGAAGCUGACGACCGAUCUUCUCGAGUGGAUCAAGAUGAAGAUCGAAGUCUUGGAGAAUCGCAAUUUUCCGAAUUCGCUCGAAGGUAUCCAACGGGAACUCUUAACCUUCAAACAAUAUCGAACGGUGGAGAAACCACCAAAGUACAAAGAACGAUCUGAAAUAGAAGCAUUGUAUUUUCACAUAAACACCCGAUUAAAGUCUCUGAACCAGCCAGCGUUUACUCCGCAAGAAGGCCAAUUGAUUCAUGAUAUCGAGAGAAAUUGGGUGGAACUGGAAAGAGCGGAACACCGUCGCGAAGUCGCCCUGAGAAUCGAGCUGUUGCGACAAGAGAGACUUGAGCAAUUAAAUUAUAAAUUCGAGCGAAAAAGCGUACUCAGGGAGGGCUAUCUGAAGGAGAUGAUCCAGGUGUUAACGGAUCCUCGAUAUGGCAGCAAUAUGGCGCAAGUAGACGCCACAGUGAAAAAACAUGAGGCCAUUAGCGCCGACAUCUUGGCGCGUGAAGAGCGCUUCCAUGAUUUAACGAAUAUGUCUGAAGAGCUUGUGCGAGAGAACUAUCACGGUCUCGAGAGAGUCCGUAGCAGAGAACAAGAGGUAUUGCAAAGAUGGAAAGAGCUGCUGGCUUUACUGGAUCAUCACAAAUCCAAUCUAGUCGCGUUAAGCUCCUUGAUGAGUCUGAUGAGGGAAAUCGAUACGACGUUAGCUUCCAUCCAGGAACUUCAACUGAAUUUCCAGAGUACCGACGUGGGUCCGCACUUGUUAGGAGUUGAGGAUCUUCUACAAAAGCAUAGUUUGCAGGAAUUGCAAGUGACGGCUCUGGGCGAAAGCCAGAGGCGACUUGGUAGACAAGCCGCUCAACAUUUGGCACAGCCGCAAAAUAAGGAAGUGCCAUUGUUGCAGCAGAAACUGGAACUGUUGAAUAGCACCUAUGAUGAGCUCGUGGAGAAUAGUAAAGAACGCAAGGCUAGACUGGAGGAUGCUCGAAACUUCUUUCACUUUCUUCAAGAUCACGAAGACGAGGAGUCGUGGCUAGUGGAGAAGCAACGAAUUUGCAAGGCUGGCAUAUCCGCGAAAGAUCUACGAGCCGUGAUAUCAUUACAACAAAAACAUAAAGCUCUGCAAGACGAGAUGAAAGUGCGCAGGCCGAAAUCGGAGCAGCUUUGUGACGCCGGCAGGAAACUAAUAGCCGACAAUCAUCCGUCGGCAUUGGAAAUACAGAAUCGAAUAGAUUCAUUGCAGGAACACUGGAGAGUCCUAGAAGAACUAGCGGCGUUGCGGAAGAAGCAGUUGGACGAUGCGGCCGAAGCGUUCCAAUUUUAUGCGGACGCGAACGAAGCAGAUUCGUGGAUGAAUGAGAAAAUGACAUUAGUCGCUUCGGAAGAUUAUGGAGUGGACGAGCCAAGCGCUCAGGCUUUGUUGCAAAGGCACAAGGAUCUGGAAGGUGAACUGAAUGCUUACAAAGGUGACGUGCAGUCUCUGAAUACACAAGCGGAGAAACUUAUCAAAUCCGGUAUCUCCACUCUGGAAUUAACUGCCGAUCCGGAACCGGUUGCCGAGUUGGAACAAGAAGAAUGGAGCAAGGAGAUCAGACUGAUGCCGCAAGAUGAGUGGGUGGACGAGAUAGUCGAGCGAAUGGAACCGAGGACUGUUCACGAGGAUAGAAUGGUGCCGCAAGUAAAGAGUUUAUACCCGUUCGACGGCCAAGGUAUGCAUAUGGUAAAGGGUGAGGUGAUGUUUCUGUUGAAUAAAACGAAUCCCGAUUGGUGGAGCGUCAGAAAAGCCGAUGGUACGGAUGGAUUCGUGCCAGCUAAUUACGUUCGCGAGAUUGAGCCAAAAAUUGUGCAAGUCCAGGUACGCAAACUCGACAAAAUCAAAACAACGCAGCGUGUAAAGAAGACGAAGAUGGUCAAGCAGGUGGUGCCAGUUCGACGAUUAAAAUCCAUCAAAUCUACCGUGAAACCGAUCAAGCGAAAGACGGUGAGCGAUGGUGAUAGUGUCGAGAAACGACAAAAGAAGAUCAACGACACUUAUGGUGAGCUGCAGGAACUUGCUCUGAAGCGUCACGCAUUAUUGGAAGACGCUAUCAGGUUCUACGGCUUUUAUCGUGAGUGCGACGACUUCGAAAAAUGGAUUAAAGACAAAGAGAAGAUGUUAAGAGUCGAGGAUCCUCAGGACAACGUUGAAACGGCGAGAAGAAAAUACGAAAAAUUCUUAACAGACUUGUCGGCUUCCGGGAAACGAGUAGAAGCAAUAGAUGCAGCAGUUGAUGAAUUUGUUCGCCAAGGUCAUAGUCAACUGGACAAGGUGAAAGCCAGACAGAGGCAUAUUCAUCAGCUGUGGGAUCAUCUAAACUGGCUGAAGACGCAGAAAGAGAAAAGCUUGGAGGGUGCUUCAAGCGUCGAAUUAUUUAACAGAACUUGCGGUGAGGCACACGACUGGAUGUUGGAAAAAAUCACUCAGUUAGACACGGCCGAAUUAGGGCCCGAUUUGAAAACUGUACAAGCUCUACAGAGGAGGCAUCAACAUUUAGAACGAGAAUUGGCACCAGUCGAAGAAAAGGUACGCAAAGUGAAUUUAUUAGGCAAUAGUGUCAAGAAUUCAUACCCUCACGAAUGUAACAAUGUCAACGUGAAACAAAACGAGAUCAAGGAACUCUGGAAUAAAGUUCAAACAAAGGCCAAGGAGCGACGAUCUCGUUUAGAAGACGCGGUCGGCCAACAAAUAUUUAUGAAUAGCUCGAAGAAUCUGAUUAACUGGGCUACAGAUAUACAGGAGACGAUGAAGGCCGAGGAACCAGUUAGAGAUGUAGCUACAGCCGAGCAACUCAAGAAACAGCAUAUGGAACUUGGAGAAGAAAUACGAACCAAAGAAGACGAAUUCCGUGAAGUCGAGGAUCUUGGUCGAGAAUUGUUACGUCGUAAUCCGAAUUUAGCGGAUGUACGCGAACGUCUGGAUAAAUUAAAUGGAUUAUAUCCAGCGGUAAUGGCCGAUUGGAUGACAAAGGAAGAAUGGCUACGACAAUGCCUGGAAUUGCAACAAUUUAAUCGGGAAGCUGAUCAGAUCGAAGCUACUACCAGUUCUCACGAAGCUUUCCUUGAAUUCACCGAUUUGGGUGAAUCUUUGGACGAUGUCGAGGCUUUAUUAAAACAACAUGAAAAAUUCGAAAACACUCUUCAUGCGCAAGAUGACAGAUUAAAGCUAUUUAGCGACACUGCUGAUAAACUAAUUGCCCAAAAUCACUAUGACAAAGAUUACAUCAAUGAAAAAAGAAAUCAAGUACUAGCCCGUCGUAUGGCAGUAAAGGACGCUGCUCAACGCCGAAGAGCGGCCUUGAAGGCAUCGGAGCAUUAUCAACAAUUCUCAGCCGAAGUGGAUGACUUGCGCGAUUGGUUGGGCGACAAAAUGAAGACUGCGGCUGAUGAGAGUUACCGCGAUUUGAAUAAUCUUGAACGCAAACUGCAGAAGCAUGAAGCAUUCGAACGAGAAUUACGUGCCAAUGAAGGACAGUUGAGAGCAGUCAACAAGGCGGGCAAAGCGCUGAUAUCUGAAGAAAAUUACAGAUCGGACGACGUGGGAAAAACCUUGAAGGAUCUAAAUGAUCAAUGGGACCAACUCGUAGCAUUAUCGUUGGAGAAGGGUCGCAGAUUGCGACAAGCCGCUUCGCAACACGGAUACAAUCGUACUAUGGAAGAUGCCAGAUUGAAACUGGAAGAGAUAGAGAGCUGUUUGCAGAGUAAGCAAGUAGGCAUGGAUCUUCGCAGUUGCAAGGAGUUGUUGAAAAAACACCAGACCCUCGAGAGCGACAUGUGUCAAUGGGAACAAAAGGUGGACGAUCUCGUAGCCAUGGGUCAGGAGAUGGCACAUGAAGGUCACUUCGAUGCGGUAAACAUUCUGAAGAGCAGUCAAGCCACGCAGAAAAAAUUCCGCAGUUUAAAGGAACCGGCUAAGAAACGUCGAGAAGCAUUAGAAGAAAGCUUGCGCUUCCAUAAAUUCGGCUUUGAAUUAGACGCAGAAUUACAAUGGAUUAAAGAUCACUUGCCACAAGCAUCCUCGACAACGCUCGGACAAAAUUUACACCAGGCCCAGACUUUGCAUAAGAAGCACAAGAAGCUGGAAGCGGAAAUCGCCGGUCAUCAGCCUAUGAUAGAUAAAACUUUAACUUCUGGACAGGCGCUUAUCGAUCAGAUUCAUCCAGAGAAGAAAAAGAUUCAAGAACUAUGCGAUAUUUUGGAUGAUGCGUGGCGAGACUUGCAAGAUAAGGCAGAAGAGCGUAGUAGAGCGUUGGAUUUGUCUCUAAAAGCGCAAGAAUUCCUUUUCGAAGCUGGUGAGGUCGAGAGCUGGCUCAACGAGAAAAAUGACGUUCUGAGCUCCACCGAUUAUGGCAGGGAUCGCGAUGCCGCUACGAAAUUAUUGACGAAACACAAGGCUGUUGAACUCGAAUUAGACACAUACAAUGGCAUCGUGACAGAAAUGGGACAUACUGCUUCUACGAUGAUAAAUUCGAAGCAUCCCGACAGCAAAGCGAUAGGCAAUAAGCAGCAAGCAAUCGUUCAACAAAUGCGUGCUUUGCAACGACUAGCUACCGUGAGGCAGCAGCGUUUAAUGGAGAGUAUGUAUCGCCAUGAAUAUUUCCUAGAAAGCAGAGAGUUGGAACAGUGGAUUAAGGAACAAGAACAAGCGGCCGGAUCGGAGGACUAUGGCCAGGAUUAUGAGCAUCUGUUGCUGUUACAAGCGAAAUUCAAUGAUUUCAAGCAUAGAAUAGAAGCUGGCUCCGAGAGAUUCAAUCAGUGCGAAGAAUUAGCCAGAAAAUUGAUCGCGAAUGAGAGUCCUUAUAUUCAGGAUAUUGAAAAACGUCAGGAACAAUUAGGAUCCGACGAAGAUGAUCCAGUAUUUCAAGUACAAAAGCAACACAUGGUAAUGAAGGAAUCAUGGCAACAUCUGUUAGGUCUUAUCCGAAAUCGUGAACAGCGAUUGCAGGCAGCAGGCGAGAUUCAUCGGUUUCAUCGCGAUGUGGCUGAGGCGCUAUCACGAAUACAGGAAAAAGAGGCUGCUUUGCCAGAGGAUCUCGGUCGCGAUUUGAAUUCCGUUCUGGCAUUAAUCAGACGUCAUGAAGGAUUUGAGAAUGAUCUAGUCGCACUGGAGGCUCAAUUGCAAGUUCUAGUCGAAGAUGCGUCCAGAUUACAAGCUCAUUAUCCGGGGAACAACGCGACGCACAUCGAUCAGCAGCAACGAAUCGUCGUUAUUCAUUGGGAAGAAUUGAAGAAUAGAUCCGCUCAUCGAAGGGAUCAAUUACAGGCUAGCUGCGACUUGCAACGAUUCCAUGCUCAGGCCAGAGAUUUGAUGAAUUGGGCAGCUGGACUACGCGCUACAAUGUCGACAGAGGAAAAGGUUCGAGAUGCCGCCAGUGCGCAAACUUUGAAGGCAGAACACGAAGGUCUGAAAGGAGAAAUCGAAGCGCGGGAGGAAAAUUUCAGCUCGGUGCUCGAUCUAGGCGAAGCUAUGGUACAAACUGGUCACUACGCCGCUAUGGAUGUCGAAGAAAAAUGUAAUCAACUCUUGGACGAGCGACAAAAGUUGCAUACUGCUUGGCAGCAGAAAAAAGUGCAUUUAGAUCAAUUGAUCGACUUGCACUUCUUUUUGCGAGACGCCAAACAGCUUGAUACUUUAUCCAGCACUCAGGAGGCCGCGCUGAGCGGCGACAAUUUCGGGGUCUCGGUUGAGGAAGUAGACGCGCAAGUGAAGAAACACAACGAAUUUGAAAAGCUGCUAGUUACACACGAGGAAAAACUGACGGCGCUGCAAGAGCACGGAAAUAAACUUUUAGCGCAGAAUCAUUUCGACUCGUCGACGAUCGCUCGGCGAUUAAACGAAGUCAUUCAAAGACGUGAAAAAAUCCGAGAUCUGUGCGACAUGCGAAGAAAAAAGCUGGAGGCCAGUCUACUACACGCGCAGUUUGUCAGAGAUGUGGGCGAGGCCGAAUCUUGGAUAGGCGAGAAGCAGAAGAAAUUGGAAGCGGAAGCGUCGAAAGGCGAAGUGUCUAGUUUGGAAGACAAAAUUAAGAAAUUGCAGAAACAUCAAGCAUUCCAAGCGGAACUGGCGGCAAAUCAAAGCAGGAUCGAAGAGAUUAAAGCAAAAGGAGAAACGUUAUUAACGCGAAAGCACCCGGCCAGCACGGAAAUUCAUCAACAAUUGGAACAUUUACAUACAUCCUGGCGAAAAUUGCUAUUGGAAUCUGGAAAUCGGGGCAGAGGUUUGGAGGAGGCUCAAGAUAUCUUGGAAUUUAAUAAUCAAGUGGAGAAAAUCGAGGCUUGGAUCAGAGACAAGGAAAUGAUGGUCCAAGCUGGCGAUACCGGAAAGGAUUACGAGCAUUGCUUGAGCUUACAAAGGAAACUCGAUGAUGUGGAUAGCGAUAUGCGAGUGGACGAUUCCAGAAUAAAAACAAUUAAUGCUUUGGCGGAUAAGCUUAUAAAACAGGGUCGUGAUAAUGAAUCAAAGGCAAUUCAGCAGCGGCGUGAUAACUUUAACAAUAAGUGGAAAGGUUUGCAAGGCGCGUUAAGCAUGUAUCGUGAAACAUUAGCGGGUGCAUUAGAGAUCCAUCUAUUUAAUCGGGAUAUAGAUGAUACAAACCAAAGAGUUAUUGAGAAAUCAAUGGCCAUGAAUACAAGCGACACAGGAAAAGAUUUACCCGCUGUCGAGCAGUUACAAAGAAAACAAGAAGCUAUGGAGCGAGACAUGACAGCAAUAGAAGGGAAAUUAAAAGAGCAUAAGGCAGAAGCACAGAAAUUGUCGCAUAAAUAUCCGGACAAGGCAUCCGAAAUAAAUGGAAUACUAUCCGAGCUCCAGUCUAAUUGGGACGAUUUACAACGUCUAACGCGACAUCGACGCGACGCUUUAAAUCAAGCUUAUACAUUGCACAAGUUUCAAGCUGAUUUACACGAAUUAGAUAUUUGGGUAGCCGAUACUAUAAAACGCAUGGAUGAAUCCGAACCACCAACUACCAUAUCUGAAGCUGAGGCUGUAUUAGAACUACAUCAAGAAAGGAAAGCAGAAAUUGACGGCCGACAAGAUACAUUUAAAGGUCUAAAGGAACAUGGCCAGAAGCUCCUGUCGAUUGACGAGGAAAUUAAGGAUAAUCUUGAGCAUUUGGAAGAACUUAGACAGACAUUGGGAAAUGCUUGGGAUAAUCGUAGGCAAAAAUUAACGCAAGCGCAUCAGUUGCAACUGUUCAAGGAGCAAGCCGAUCAAGCUGAUAGUUGGCUGGCGACGAAGGAAGCGUUCCUGAACAACGACGAUCUUGGCGAAUCUUUAUCGGGCGUGGAGACACUGCUGCGUAAGCAUGAAGAGUUCGAGAAAAUGCUGAUGUCUCAAUUGGGACGUAUCGACGAACUCGAAAAGUUUGCUAAUGACAUCUUGUCGCGUGAACACGCAGACUCGGGUAUAAUAAAACAGCGAAUCGCUUCCGUUUGCGCCAGAAGAGACAAAUUAAAAAAUAGCGCGACGGCCAGAAGGAAGAAACUUUUAGAGAGCCAUCACUUGCACCAAUUUCUCAGGAACAUAUACGAGGUGGAAGGUUGGCUGCACCAGAAGCAACAAGUAGCGAGUGAUGAAAAUUAUAGAGAUUCUUCAAAUCUGCAGAGCAAGAUACAGAAACAUAUCGCAUUUGAAAGUGAAUUGAUGGCAAACAAGGCGAGAGUCGCGUCUGUAGUCAACGAAGGUGAAGCGCUUAUCGAAGAAAACCAUUACGCCUCGAAGGAAAUACAGGAACGUUUGGACGAGCUGGAAGCAGAAUGGCGUCUUCUGCAAGAGACCAGUGAAUUAAAGAAGAACCGACUGAACGACGCAUAUCAGGCCUUGCUGUUUGGCCGUAGUUUAGACGAAUUCGAGACGUGGAUGGACGAAGUAGAGACUCAGUUGCAGUCGGAGGAUCAUGGAAAGGAUCUCUCGAGCGUGGCGAAUUUACUGAAGAGACAUACCAAUCUGGAAAACGACGUACUUGGUCACAACGAGGCAUGCGAGUCCAUCAAGGAGACUGCCACUAGCUUCCAGAAAUCAAAUCACUUCAUGUGCGAUGAAAUUCAAGAGCGAGCAUUAGUUACGAUAAAUAGAUAUCAUAGUCUUCAGGAACCAAUGCAAAUACGCAGAGAUAAUUUAGAAGACGCGAAAUUGUUGCACCAGUUUGCGAGAGACGUUGAGGAUGAGUUGCACUGGCUGUCAGAGAAAGAACCAUUAGCUGCAAGUAACGACCUCGGAAGCUCUCUUACUACAGUGAAGCGAUUGCAAAAGAAACAUCAAGCUUUAGAAGGAGAAUUAUUAUCCAGGGAACCUGUGGUAGCUUCUUUGGUUAGCAGAGCGACUGUGAUGAUUCGAAGCGGACACUUCGCGGGAGACAAGAUUGAACAAUUAAUUACAAAACUGCAAGAGGAGUUGUCGCAUCUCCGAGACCUGGCGAGUGUCAGAAAAUUAAGAUUACUCGAUGCUGUGGAGUCGCAAACGUUUUAUGCCGAAGCGGCGGAAGCUGAGCAGUGGAUUAGAGAAAAACAUCCGCAAUUAACAUCAACUGACUACGGCAAGGAUGAAGACUCUGUGCAGUCUCUGCUAAAGAAAUUGGAGGGUAUCGAACGCGAUUUAUCCGGUUUCGAGAGCACAAUCGAUAACCUAGAGAAGCUAUCAUGCGGUCUAAUCGAGCGAAACCACUUUGAUAGUAAAAAUAUCGCCCAAAAGCAAUAUAAUAUCGAGGUGAAAUUUAAAGAAUUGCAGAAAUUGAAAGAAUAUCGAUUACAGAGAUUAUCAGAGAGCGAAAAGUUUUACAAAUUUAUCAGACAAGCUGAUGAAGUAAUCGAAUGGAUUGGAGAUCAAACAACGGUCGCUGCAUCGGAGGACUACGGCCGCGACGUGGAACAUGUGGAACUGCUGAUUCAGAUAUUCGAUAAUUUCUUAGCCGGCUUGACGACAAGCGAAGGUCGGGUAUCGGCGGGGGUUGACGAGGGACAAAGACUGAUAGAGCAGGAUAAUCCCGAGAAAAAUAAAAUAUCUCUUAAAAUCGAAGAAACGAAACAACAAUGGGAAGAUUUGAAGGAAUUGGCGCACGCUCGACAAGACGCGUUGGCGGGCGCCAAGCAAGUUCACAUGUUCGACAGGACGGCCGACGAGACUAUCUCCUGGAUACAGGAAAAAGAAGUGGCUCUCAGCUCGGAUGGCUACGGCCAUGAUCUGGAGACUAUUCAAGCACUGGUAAGAAAGCAUCAAGGAUUCGAGACUGAUUUGGCAGCUGUGAAGGAGCAAGUAGAGUGCCUGACGGAAGAGGCGUCCAGGUUAAUCGAGCUAUUUCCAGACGCCCGUGUACAUAUCGAUGUAAAGCAUCAAGAAGCGGAAGCGGCAUGGAGCGAAUUAUUGGAGAAAGCGGCGCAGAGACGAAGUAAACUCGCUCAGGCAGAACAACUACAGGCCUAUCUAGGCGAGUAUAGGGAUCUGAUAUCCUGGAUAAACGAGAUGGUAGCCAAGGUGACAGCGCCAGAAUUGGCGCGUGACGUUCCUGGCGCCGAGGCGUUGAUCUCCAGGCACAAUGAGUACAAAUCGGAGAUCGAUGCUCGCGAAGAAGCCUUCGAGAAGUUCUACCGAAUCGGGCAAAAGUUGAUCGAACAGGGCCAUUUCCUAGGGAAAGAGAUUGAAGAGAAGAUAUCAGUGUUGCAGCAGCGCCAACAGAUCUUGAAAGACACAUGGCAGCAGCGGAAAUUAAUUUACGAACAGAAUUUGGAUACACAGCUAUUCAAGAGGGACGCUGAAACUUUGGAGAAUUGGAUAGUCAACAGAGAGCCAAUGUUGUAUGACGAAAAAUUGGGAGAGAGUAUUUCGCAAGUGGAAGAGUUGAUUAGGAAACACGAAGAUUUCGAGAAGACCAUAGAGGCGCAGGAAGAGAGAUUCAGCACCCUUAAGCGAAUAACUAUGUUAGAAAAAGCCUUCCGAAAACAACAAGAAGCAGAAAUGGCCGCACGUCAAGCGGAGAAAGAGCGUGUGGAACGCGAGCGGAUUGAAGAACGGAAACGUAAAGAGGUGCAAAGGAUAACCGAAGAACGAAAACGCGAAGAGGAACGUAGGCGAUUAUUAGACAAUUCUCAUCGCGCGCAACACGAUGAAGUUAAUGGCUCUGUCGAUGAACACGAAUCUGUGAAUAUAUUAUCUCCGCUGAAGGGUGCUACUUCCGAAACAGCAGAACCUGCCACAUCUCAGAAAUCUCAUGGUAUAUCACACGUAUUUGGCGAAAAAUUAAGACGAGCAACUUCAGAUAUCAAAAGGGCUGAAAGCAUGAAAGUAGAUACGAAGAAGCCGAAACGGACUCCUAGCUUCACGACCAGACGAAGAACACAAAGUUUCAGAAAACUACAGCGAAUGGAGAACAUGGACGCUUUGCGACCGGUUGAAAUUCAAGGUUUUCUCGAACGAAAGCACGAGCUUCAAAGCGCCGGCAAAAAAGCAGCCGUUCGAUCGUGGAAGCAGUAUUACACUGUAUUAUGCGGGCAACUGCUGUGUUUCUUCAAGGACGUGGAAGAUUUUUCAUUGAGCAAAGCAGCUACUGCUCCGAUAACUAUUUUCAAUGCCCUAUGCGAGAAAGCAGACGAUUACACGAAGAAGAAGAACGUAUUUCGAUUGAAGUGUACGGAUGGCUCGGAGUUUUUGUUUUUAGCACCGAGUCAACAAGAGAUGGAAGAUUGGGUCAACAAAAUUUCAUUCCAUGCGAAACUGCCGCCAAGUCUGCAACUCUUAAGCUACGACGAGUCGCAGAAGCAAGAAGGUUUGGACCGCCUGCAGAACUCGGGACUGGAUCAAGUAGAUGAUAAUGUGUCGACCGGAAGUAGCCGCGUUUCCACACCGGAGAUGGAACGCAAGAACUCUGUGAUUAGGCGUGAGCCAACGUCGCCGAAUCAACAUUCACCAAGCACUGUGCAAGUAGAGUUCCUGCAGACGCAUCGGCAGAAUCAGCAACGACGCAACGAUGCGCAGAAUGUCGAUGCGUUCCUCGCAUCGCAGAGAUCCGAGAUACCGCAAACUCAAACAGAGUUUCUGCAAAUGCACAGGCAACAGCAGCUGCUCGCGCAACAGCAGCAACAAUUGAUGCAACAGGAGCAACUGGCGGCUCAGUGGGAUCAGUAUCAACACAAUUCCGCGAUGUUGGAAACCGAUAAACCACCCAUACCACCCCGAGGCGCUCCUCCACCUAUUCCCAUGAGAACACCGAGUUCAGAAAAUAUGAUACAAUAUAGGCGUAACGAUGUGGAACACCAUUUGCAACAAGGAAGGCCUAACGUCUAUCAACGCAGUGCAACGUUAAAUCAUAAUGGAUCUAGCCAGUACUCAUCGAACGAGCCACCGACAUGGCACAGACAAAGUAGCGUGGAUCUUCCUCAACAACAUCAAGAAUUAGCACCUCCAUUGCCAUUGAGUGCCCCUCCGCCGACUAGAAUGACUCAGUGGAACAUUCCUCAGCAUCUUGCCUAUGGGAAUGUACCAGUAAAUAUUAGACAAGGUACACAACAACAAAAUAAUACUUUCACCGGUAGACCGACAUCGUUGCCGCCUUACGUUGCUCCUCCAGCGGCUCCGCAAUCAUCUCCUCCGAACAUCACAGUGGUGGAUGGCAGAAGAACGUCAGAGAGCGGAUCAGAAAGCGAGCAAAGUUCAGGCGGCAAUCGCAAAGAUCGCGAUUACAAGCGAAGUUCUGUAUUAAGCAAUUUAUUCGGAAGACGCAAGAAACCUUCUCAAUCGUAACACUAAUUUCCAAAAUUCUUCGAAACACGUUUAUAACUGUGUUUUUGUAGUCGUUGCAUAUGAAUCUUAGAUGUGAUGCAAAAUGCUAUCUUCCUCGUGCAAAACGAACGAUGAAGUUUUUUGAGAAUAUCAUUAAGAUUUUUAAUUUCAUGGCAUAUUUUUGUUAAGCAGUACAUCGAUAGUAAC